AGCAAGCAAUGUAGUAGACGACGGUUUCUUCUUAUUCCCCGCGUUCUGACUUUGUACCUCAAACGUUUCAUUCAUCACUCAAACCAUUCCCACUCACAAAUUCAUCAAUGGCGAAUCACAAUGAUUUCACUCACGACGUUUUUCUCAGUUUCAGAGGCGGAACACGCUACUCCUUCACCGAUCAUCUCUAUCAUUCACUUCUCCGUCGUGGAAUCAAUGUUUUCAGAGACGAUCGAAAACUCAAAAUCGGCGAAGAAAUCGGUCCUUCUCUUCUACAAGCAAUCGAAGCUUCUAGAAUCUCAAUUGUUGUUCUCUGUAAAGACUAUGCUUCUUCCAGUUGGUGUCUUGACGAACUUGUUAAAAUCGUUGACUGUUAUGAAAAUAAUGGAAAAUCGGUUUUUGUUAUAUUUUAUAAGGUGGAACCUUCUGAUGUUAGGCAUCAGAGAAAUAGUUAUGAAAUUGCUAUGAUUGAACAUCAGAACAGAUUUGGAAGUGAAUCUGAGAAGGUUAAAGCAUGGAGGGCAGCUUUGAACAGAGUUUGUGCUCUCAGUGGAUUACAUUACAAAGACGAUAUCUAUGAAUCUGAGUUUAUUGAUAAGAUUGUCAGAGACAUCUCAGCUAAACUACCUCCCAUGCCUUUACAAAUCAAACACCUAGUUGGACUCGAUUCUCGUUUCGAACAAGUGAAGUCUCUUAUUGAUAUUGAUUCUAAUGAUUCUGUUUGCAUGUUGGGAAUUUUUGGAGGUGGUGGAAUAGGCAAAACAACAUUUGCCAUGGAUAUAUAUAACAAGAUCAGACAUCAAUUUGAAGCUGCAAGUUUUCUUGCAAAUGUUAGAGAAAAAUCAAAGGAAAGAACGAGGGGCCUGGAAGAUCUCCAAAAAACUCUUCUAUAUGAGAUGGGUGAGGAAACCCAGACUAUGUUCGGAAGCACAUUUAGAGGAAGCUCUGAAAUAAAACAUAGGCUUGCCCAAAGAAAAGUUCUUCUCAUACUCGAUGAUGUUGAUUCGGUAAAACAAUUGGAAUCACUAGCUGGAGGACAUGAUUGGUUUGGUCCAGGUAGUAGAAUCAUUGUAACAACAAGAGAUAAAGAUGUUCUACAGAAGCAUGAUGAUAAAAUUAAAACAUAUAAACUCGAAGAGCUAAAUCAUCAAGAAUCCAUUGAACUCUUUUGUUGGUACGCUUUUAAUAUGAGCAGACCUAAAGAAAACUUUGCAAAAAUCUCUUCCCAUGCAAUCAGUCAUGCAAAGGGUAUUCCAUUGGUUUUAAGAGUAAUAGGAUCCAAUUUGAAAGGUAAGACCCUAGAGGAAUGGGAAAUUGAACUGCAGAAAUACAAAAAGGUUCCAGAUGCUGAGAUUCAAGGUGUACUAGAAAUAAGCUACAAAUGUCUAUCUGACUUGGACCGGAAAAUUUUUCUAGACAUUGCUUGUUUUUUCAAAGGGGAAAGAUGGGAUUAUGUUAAAAGAAUACUAGAUGCUUGUGAUUUCUUCCCAGUUAUUCGAGUAUUUGUUAGUAAAUGUCUCAUAACUGUUGAUGAAAAUGGCUGUUUAGAAAUGCAUGAUUUAAUACAAGACAUGGGUAGAGAGAUUGUUCGCAAGGAAUCGACAUCAAACCCUGGUGAACGCAGCAGAUUAUGCUCUCAUAAAGAUGUUCUUAAUGUAUUGAAAGGAAACUUGGGAAGUACUAAAGUUGAAGGAAUAAUGCUUGAUCCCCCAAAACAGGAGAAAGUAGAUCAUUGGGCAUAUAAUGCCUUUCAGAAGAUGAAAAACCUCAGAAUUUUGAUUGUUAGGAAUACAUUGUUUUCAUCAGGGCCUAGUUAUUUGCCGAAUAGUUUACGGCUACUAGAUUGGAAGUUCUUCCCAUCGAAGAAUUUCCCGGCUAAUUUUUAUCCACAUAAAAUUGUUGACUUCAAGUUACCUCAUAGCUCUAUCAUAUUGAAAAAUCCCUUUCAGAAUUUUGAGGAUUUAACAUUCAUCAACCUCUCCCAUAGUCAAUCCAUAACUCAGAUUCCUGAUCUAUCUGGAGCUAAUAACUUAAGAGUGUUUACACUUGAUAGAUGUCGUAAACUGGUAAGGUUUGAUAUAUCCAUUGGAUUUAUGCCUAAUCUGGUGUAUUUAAGUGCUUCAGGGUGCACUGAGCUCCAAAGUUUUGUGCCAAAAAUGUAUUUGCCCUCCCUUCAAGUGCUUUCAUUUAAUCACUGCGAAAGGUUUGAACACUUCCCACAUGUAAUGAAAAAGAUGGAUAAGCCUUUAAAGAUUUACAUGAUAAACACCGCCAUUAAGGAAUUUCCAAAGUCUAUUGGAAAUCUUACAGGCCUUGAUUAUAUAGACAUGUCGAUUUGUAAAGGGCUUAAAGAUUUAUCAAGUAGCUUCUUAUUGCUUCCAAAACUGGUAACUUUGAAAAUUGAUGGUUGCUCUCGACUUGGAGAAUCAUUUCAACGGUUCAAAGAGAGCCAUUCAGUGGCAAACAACUAUCCAAAUUUAGAAGCACUUCAUUUUAGCGAGGCUAAUCUAUCAAAUGAAGAUGUUAAUGCCAUUAUUGAAACAUUUCCAAAACUGAAAGACUUCAAAGUAUCGCACAAUGGGUUUGUAGUCCUCCCAAAUUGCAUUAGAAGAUCUAUGCACUUAAAAAGUCUUGAUGUGAGCUUUUGCACGAAUCUUAUAGAAGUUCCAGAACUUCCAUUAAGUAUUCAGAAGAUAGAUGCAAGACACUGUCAAUCCUUAUCUUUAGAGGCAUCAAGUGUGCUCUGGUCCAAGGUUUCACGAGAGGUCCAAAGAAUACAAGUAAUCAUGCCAAUGCCGAAAAGGGAUAUUCCAGAAUGGUUUGACUGCGUCUGCACUCAAGAGGUUCCGCUUUUAUGGGCUCGCCGGAAGUUUCCCGUUGUUGCUUUAGCAUUAGUGUUCGAGGAAGUAAAAAAUACAGAUGAUGUUUCUAAAUUUGUUGAUGCUAUAAAAUUAUUGAAUGGAGUCAAGGGCUGGCACACUGUUAGCCUCCAUUUGUUUAUUGAUGGUCAAGAAAUUUGUAGCAAGAAUUGCCAUUAUUUUAAUGUUGGGGGAAAUCAUGUGCUAUUGUGCGAUCUACGUGUUUUGUUCAGCGAUGAAGAGUGGCAGGACAUCGAUGCAAGUCUUGGAGAUGACUGGAAGGCCAUUCAGGUUCAGUAUAAUUCAGACUUGAUUCUGAAUAAGUGGGGAGUUCAUGUGUACAAGCAAGAGACAAGCAUGGAUGAUAUCCAAUUCAUACCUCCCAAAUGCAACUCCUUUUCCUACAUGUCAUCGUCAUGUUUGGUUCCAAAGGGAUCUCCAGAGCAAAAAAUGAAACAUAUCCUUGAAAGUUUCAAUCCAAGAGAUAUGUUUAAUGAGUGGUUGCCUUUACUAGAAUCAGAAGAAGUUGAAGUCAGGUCUUUAAAAGUGCUAUUGAGGUCUUUUAGGAAUGCCAAGGCUGAAAUUAUAGGGGAGACUUCCUCCUCUACAUAUGGGGCAAGUCUGAAGCAAGACAAUGAAGAUUCUGUAGAGGAUGUGGUUCAGGUAUUAGAUAUUAUAAAAGAGAAUCUUUCAGAACAUUUUGCUGAAUCAUCUCCCGAAGAUCUUCAAAUUGCAAUCGGAGUCGUGGAAAGGAUAUUGAGGGCACGGGUAGAAUUAAUAAAGGAAAAUAGCAUGACCACUGGUAUGCCUAUUAUUCUUGAGUAUACUGAUACAUCGGGCGCUACAAAUAGACGCUUUUGGGGAACUGUGGAGAUAAAAUUGGGAGAUCCAUUUUAUAAACCGUUGUUGAAGUGGCAAAGCCAACUUUCUUGGGGACUUGGGACGUCGGACCUGAGGAUAAUCAUUGUUGAAUUGAAAUGCCAGCCUGCAGAUGAAGAGGAAAUUUCAAGUUCUCGCCUUGAAGAAUCCUUGGAGGAAGGAAACUACAAUCCUGAAUUGGAAGAGUUGAUGAAGAUGAUAGAGCAAGAUGCUAUGAGAUUCAAUAAAUCUUAUGGGAAAAUGAAGGCAUCUAUUGUUCAAGCUGAUGAGUCAUUUUCGGAUAAUUAUCUUUGGGAAGCAUUACUCCUCAAAAGACUAUUUAGUUUAGGAAAAUUGACAAUGUUUGGAUCAGUAAUCAAGUUCAUGAUCACACCUUAUGGCAAGAUGAGGGUCGAAGACGACCCUUUCCGCAUUCUGAGGACAUGUUUCUGGGGUUUAAGUCUUGUUCUUGUUGUCUUAAUUAAAUGGUCAUUUUAUUUCUUUGUAUGUGUGUUCCUUGUUCUUCUUCUCUUAAUUAUAUGGUCAUUUGAUCGCUUUGUACGUGUGUGCCUUUAUUUUUAUAGGUUACCAAUAAUAAGGAAGUUAUUAGUGUGGGGUUGGGGGCUUCCAAAGCAAAUUUUUUUGUCUUGUAAAAAAUUAUACAGGGGAAUUGACAAGAUUAUUAAGAGAAUAAAAGUGAAGGAAUUGUAGUGCAAUAAUGGCAGAAGGUUUGUAAAUUUGUCUAUAAAAGUUAUGUUGAAAGAAGGUCCAUAGCUUUGUCCAUAAGGGUUUGCAUCUUUGUCUACAAACUUCAAUAGUUUCACCUGGAGAGGAUUUAUCUUGAAUUGCAUUCAGGUAUGAUCUUGAUCCUUUAACAUCAUUGCAUUUUCAUUCUUAUUAUCUGUAUCCUACGAUCAAAUUAAUUUGGUCAAACUAAUGUUGAUUUUGGUUCUUUACUUGAAUGCAAUCCCCUUUACCUGAAUGCAUAUUUGGAUCAUGCACAGGUAUGACUAUACAUGAUAAUGGAUGAAGAUGACUGCUGGUGUGUAUUUUGUUUGACUGGACAUUAUGGAUAGAAGUAUUUGCUUUUGUUUCUGUAUGUACCAUUGAUGGCUAAACUAACAAUUUCAAUAUUUUGAUGGCUUUGUAAGUCUGACAUACCGAUAAAGUCCUUGUAAAGUACCCUUGUUUAUUAAAUAUAAGUCCUUGUGAA